GCAGCACUGUUAGUCAACUCUCGCGUGUGAAUAUUUGUUUUGAUGUUACUAUUUCGACCGGUCUUCAGCUGUGUUCGACUAUCAUUUCAGUUUGAGUUUUAUGACAAAUGUGUACAAACCAAUUGUGACUUGAUGAAAUUGAAUAUCGUUCGUAUUGAAAGACAACAAUUAUGAUCUGUCCGGAUACAUGGAAGUUUGAGGCUCCGAACACAUCAAUAUCUUACAAAAUCAACGAUUUGACGGACGACGUUCAUUCAAAUUUAAAUAAGAAAAUAUCAUCCCAUUACUUCAACAAACUGAUCUCAGUCGUUAUACCAGACACAAAUACUGUCCCAGAUAAUAUCAAGAAUAUUUUCACCGACACCGAUCACUACAUUUUACAUAACGUUCGAUUGAAUGAGCUGAUCCAACGCGCAUUUGUCGAGGGUUUCGUUAACAGAGGCAGUUUGUAUGGAAUCACCGUCAAUGCUCGGAUCGACGUCGACGAUUGUGUUGCACUAACGCCUUGCGGUCAUUUGUAUCUCAGCCUAAACAAAGAAAUAUUUCAAUCGCUCGGACUCGACGGCAACGUAUCAUUUCACAGUCGAAAAAGCCAGGACCGUUACAACAAUGCCAAAACUGAACCAGCCGAAAUCGCUCGAACACAAUGCCAUCUGUGCGCUAGUGAAUUUUUUAUGUGAUCUGGGCAAACAAUUGAUGCCAAUUAUUAUUGCCUUAGCCAAAUCUGAGGCGCAACGGUCCUCUGACAUAUUGGAACAUCGUAUCCGUUUUGUACAGAAGUACUUCGAAUACAAUAUUCCAUGUUUCCUAUACGAUCCGCUGUGUGAUAGAAUUGUCAUUGAAAUUCCGAAAAUGAUCGAUCGAAUUAAGAGGGAACUGCGACCCGGUUCGUCGAUGGGUGAAUAUCUGAGUCAGGUCAACGUUGCCGUUUCGCUGACCGAAGUGAUACUGUCGUCCAAUUUAAAGAAACUCGAUUGCGACAGUAUGCCAAAGGUGAUACGCCAUUUGUUCUACAACAAAUUGAAUGCGUUGACAGGACUAGAAUACUUAAAUUUGGGCUCGCUGUCGGGCGGUUGGAAGACAUGCGACAUGGAGCCGACGGUCUUAAAUGGCAUUGUUUCCAUGAAAUAUUUGCAGUAUUUUUGUUUAAAUUAUGAUUGCACGAACAACAUUCUACUGGCAUUGCUGGACAGUUGUCCAAAGCUGACAUCAAUCGACAUUACUUCGUCCAAAUCGAUCAAUAAUGACAGCGUGAACAUAUUGCUUCGGUUCAAGCAGUUGAAGUGCGUCCAACUGUACCGAACAUCAAUUUCCAUUGAGGGCUACGUGAAAUUGCUUCUCAAUUUGCCACGUUUGGAGGAUGUGGGUAGAUACGAUGAAAUAGGGCGCUGUCUGGAGUACAUAGUCGACAACUAUCCGGAUAAGCAGAUAUUUGCUUUGAAGAAAUUCUCCAGUCGCUUCGUUACGACUCGAUUCCUGCAAAUUUUAGCCGAAAAUUGCCCGGACAUUUACUAUGUUUCAUUAUUCCAUAACGUGCUGAUGUGCGAUCUGAUGAUGCUGGUCGGCAUUAACAAUUUGAGCGAUUUGCGGCUAUUGUCCUGUGAUUUCUUUGCCGAUCAAGUACGCAAUGUCAUAGCGGUUAAAGGCUGCAAUCUAACACAUUUGCAUUUGGAGCAUGUGGACGAAAUCGACAUGAACGCGCUGAUGUACAUCAGUCAAUUUUGUCCGGAUCUGAAAGCUCUGACAUUUUACAAUUGCGAAAUGCUUCCCAGUACGUCGAUGUUCAUUAAGAAGCCGGCAAUUCCGCCGUUCAUGAACAUGGAACGAUUGACGUUGAUCGCUCAGUGCGACGCUAGACAUUUAGAAUUUUUACUGUCGUCAUGCUUUAAAAUUAAGUACAUUAAAAUUGGGACCAUGGUGCCGACAGACGACCUGUCGUUCGAAAGAAUUUUGACUCGCAAUCCGAUGGUCCAUUUAGACGAAUUAAGUAUUAGCUGUUCGGCUGGUCUGUCGAUUGCUACGGUUUACAAAUUAGUCGAAAGUUGUCAGAAUUUAAGCGUGUUAAAUGAACUGGAGGGCUGGGAGUUGAUCGAUGAAAUGGAAUUGGAAACAUUUCGUUUAUUUAUCGAAACGAAUAAUUUUGAUUUAAACAUUGCGUCGAAGCGUUUUCAAGUCGAAUAAAUAUUUUUAAUUGUCGCCAAAAAAAA